AUGGCUGCUGCUCGCCUCGCUACCCCCCCACCAGAUCUCCGACGGCUGCUGCUCGCCUCGCUCGCUGCCCCCAUCACAGAUCCCGGCGCCUCCCCUCGCCGCUCAAUUCCGCUCCGCCGCGUCGCGAUCGAUCCAUCCAUCCGCUCCCAGACGACGGCCGCGCGCCGCGGAUCGGCAGCCGCCGGGGCUGCUCCGGCGUCGCGAAUGGCCGCGCUCGACGGGGCGACACGCGGCGCGGAUCCUGGAGCUCGCCGGCAGCGGUGGCGUCGUCGGCGUCGGUGGGCGGAGAUCGGUGGGGACCGGACGGGGACGGUUCCGGACUGCCCAUGGGAGUCCGCGUGA